AUAUCUCGCCUCCGGGAUCUGACAACACUUCUUUGUGACUACGAGAGCUUUAAGUCAAUACAGCAUAUCUGCCAUCUCCCUGAGGUUAGCUUCGGAGAACUGUGCGAACAAAGUCAAUCUCAUGAGCAGCUCCUCCGCACUGUAUUGCUGAGCAAUCAAGUUGUGACCAAUGUACUGAAUCACAGGAGAAUCUCCCAAGAGCUUCAAAAUGUACUGAUUGGGAAUGUCACCAACAUCCAGACACAACUGAAGUGGCUUCAAGAAAAUAUACCAGAAAUUGCUUUCUUUCAAGAGAUUCCUCAGUAUAUGACUACUUUGAAUUCCAUGUUGAACAUCACUGAGAGUUUAACAGAUUCUAGCAAGCAAGAGAAGUUAAGAGAUGUGUUUAAAAACGUGGACCAGCUCAAAGAGGAUCUCAAAGACACAACAGGAAUGUCUGCAGCCAGUAUUGAUGCUCUUCUGGAAGUAUCUCUCCCGGAGAACAGCAGUCAGCUCAUUUCUCAGAUCCUCCAGCUGGAGUCCUGUAGCGUCCGUCCCGCUGACCCGCAGCUGCGAACAGUAGCAGAGGAGUUCUGCAAUCUCUCUCUUUCAGAGAGGACUCGUGAGACAUACGUCCUUGGGGUCACUCUGUUACGACACUUAGACGUUUACAAUUUCUUAUACAAGAUGUUUUUCCCUAAGGAACUUCAGAAAUCCGUGGACAAGAUGUUAGGCCUUCUGACAAAAAUGAAAUAUUUCAGACACCAGGUUGAAUCUGGCGUUGAUCCAUUGCUACAAGCUAUUCACUCCCUGAAAAAGCUCCGGCAGUCUAGGAAAAUGCCACUGACUAAGGCAUUAUUUAAACCAAACAACUUUAGGAUAACACGUGGCACAUUUAAGUCCAUGUCAAAAGUUCUCUGCAACCAGGAGAUCACACCCCUGUUUUUUGAGUCCUUGCUUCCAGAUUUUGGAGACCCUGCAAGCAACAGUUCUUAUGAGAAGGAUGUCUACGUCCGAAAGUUGAUGAGGAAAUAUGGGAUUCCUCAUGACUCCACACCGUUUUGCUUAUCCUUUUACCUGGACCUGGUCAAGACCCCGACUGGAGCUUUAAUCUGGUCUUUUUUAAAACCAAUGGUGCUUGGGAAGAUCCUUUAUACACCAGAUACCCCAGAAACUCGAGCAAUCAUGGGAAAGUCUAAUGCAACCCUGGAACAGAUGGCUGACCUAGCCCUGAAGUCCCAGGAGUGGCUGGACAAGUCUCCUGUCAUCAUGAAGUCGCUGUCUAAGUUAAACCAGACAGUUCCAAUGAUCAAGAACACCUUGCAGAAUCCCUUUGUGCAGGUUUUUAUCAAGCUGAUGGUGGAUUUGGAUGCAGCUGAACUGCUGAGUCAAAUAAAUGAACUGGAUGAUAUUCGUCUGGAAUUACAGAACAACACUGACAUCGUGGAUCAGCUGAACACACUAGCUACCCUUGCUGUAAAUGUGUCCUCCUGCGUCUCGUUUAAUCGCAUUCAGGCAGUCAAAGACUUAGAGGAAAUGGAAGCUGUGGCUAAAGAGCUGUUUCUGAAGAACGAGCUUUUUGCAAGUAUCAUUUUCAAGCUGCCUUCAAGUCACAGCAGCCCUGGACACUCAGUUGAUGGGGGCUUGGCCCUCCCUCCUGUCCUCAACUACACCAUCAGAAUGAGCAGCAGGAUCACACAAACCACCAACAGGAUCAGGGAGCGCAUCUGGACUGUGGGCCCACACAAUUCCACCUCCCAGAGCCAGAUUUACAGCCGGGCCUUUAUUUACAUCCAGGACAGCAUUGAGAGAGCCAUUAUUGAAUUACAGACUGGCAAGAAACCAGAGGAAAUAGCUGUUCAAGUCCAGGCCAUGCCCUACCCCUGCUACAACAAGGAUAUGUUCUUAACCAGCGUGACCUACUCUCUUCCAUUUGCUCUGAUGGCUGCCUGGGUGCUGUUUAUAGCUGAUUUUGUUAAAACACUUGUUCAAGAGAAGGAUCUGAGGCUUUAUGAGUACAUGAAGAUGAUGGGUGUUAAUGCCAGCAGCCAUUUCAUUGCCUGGUUCAUAGAGUGUGCCAUCUUCCUUCUGAUUACUGUCACCUUCCUCAUUACUGUUCUGAAAGUGGGUGACAUCCUUCCCAAAACAAACACAGUGCUCCUCUUCCUGUACCUGAUGGACUACAGCCUGUCCAUCAUAGCCAUGAGCUACUUCAUCAGUGUUUUCUUCAAUAACACCAACAUAGCAGCCUUGGUGGGCAGUCUCGUGUAUAUCCUCACCUUCUUCCCCUUCAUCGUGUUGCUUGUCAUAGAGAAUCACUUGAGCUUCUCUGUGAAGAGCCUACUGAGCCUGUUGUCUCCAACUGCAUUCAGUUAUGCAAGUCAAUACAUUGCUCGCUACGAGGCGCAGGGCAUAGGUCUGCAGUGGGACAACAUGUAUAAGUCCCCAAUGAUUGGAGACAACACUUCCUUUGGCUGGAUGUGCUGGCUCAUUCUGAUAGACUCCUUCAUUUACUUCAUCCUGGGCUGGUAUAUAAGGAAUGUUUUCCCAGGUAGAUAUGGCAUGGCUGCUCCCUGGUAUUUCCCAUUGCUUCCAUCUUACUGGAUCGAAUACAACGGCUACCUUCCCUUCUGGAAUGAGAAACAAAGAGGCUUUCUCUUCUCCAAGCUGAUGUUAAGGAAAGAAGUCACCCUCAACAAUAAGAUAUGUGCCCCCCAUCCUCACGUGGAACCAGAGCCCACUGAUCUCACCUUGGGAGUCUCCCUCCAUGGCAUAACAAAGGUUUAUGGAUCCAAAGCUGCAGUGGACAACCUCAGCCUCAACUUCUAUGAAGGGAAUAUCACUUCCCUGCUGGGACACAAUGGAGCUGGGAAAACUACAACCAUAUCUAUUUUGACUGGAUUGUUCCCCACGUCAUCAGGUACUAUCUUUGUAUAUGGCAAAGACAUCAGGACUGACCAGGAGGUUAUCAGGAAGAACAUGGGGGUGUGUAUGCAGCACAACGUGCUCUUUAACUACCUCACUACAAAGGAACACCUGCUGCUCUAUGGGUACAUCAAAGUCCCUCACUGGACUAAACAGGAGCUCUACCAAGAAGUGAAGAGGACUUUGAAGGAGACUGGACUGUACAGCCAUCGUCACAAGCUAGCUGGCGCCCUGUCUGGGGGGAUGAAGAGGAAGUUAUCUAUAGCUAUUGCUCUCCUGGGUGGAUCAAGGGUGGUGAUACUUGAUGAACCAACCACAGGAGUGGAUCCAUGCUCUAGGAGGAGUAUUUGGGAAAUUAUCUCCAAGAAUAAAAAAGGCAGAACCAUCAUUCUCUCAACACAUCACUUGGAUGAAGCAGAAGUUCUGAGUGACCGAAUUGCCUUCCUAGAGCAUGGAGGGCUCAAGUGUUGUGGUUCACCUUUCUACCUCAAGGAAACGUUUGGUGAUGGAUACCACCUGACACUCACAAAAAAGAAGAACAUGAUAGAGGAGUGUGAUACCACAGCAGUGACCUCCUUGAUCCAGUCCCAUCUCCCAGAGGCUUAUCUCAAGGAAGAUAUUGGCGGAGAGCUUGUGUAUGUGCUUCCUCCCUUCAAGUCCACGGUCUCAGGGGCCUACCAGGCUCUUCUCAGGGCCCUCGAUACCAGCUUGAAUGAUCUCCACCUUGGUUGCUAUGGGAUUUCAAACACGACUGUGGAAGAGGUGUUUCUCAAUCUGACAAAAGAGCUAGUGAAGGACCAGCAAGAAGAUGCUGCACUGCUCCAACAGCUGCCUGGAGUCAGUGGUCAAAUUGGCAGUGAUGAACUGUCUAUGAGCACAGACACCUUCACAGAUCGAGAUG